AAGAUGUGGGAAGAAGAUAAUGACGAGACAUGUUGGAAUAACCUGGAGAACUUCCGUGUGAAGCUGAUAUCUGUGAUAGAUCCUUCCCGUAUAACACCCUAUCUUCGCCAGUGCAAAGUGAUCAGCCACGAUGAUGAGGAACAAAUUCUUAAUGACCCCAGCCUGGUCAUGCGCAAGCGGAAAGCAGGUGUUCUUCUGGACAUUCUUCAGCGAACAGGACACAAGGGCUUUGAGGCAUUUCUGGAGAGUCUUGAGCUUUAUUAUCCACAACUGUAUAAGAAAAUAACUGGCAAGGAGCCCAGCAGGGUUUUCUCUAUGAUUAUAGACACCGCUGGGGAAUCCGGCCUGAGCCAGCUCUUGAUGAAUGAGAUCAUGAAGCUGCAGAGCACCGUGCAGGAGGAGCGGCGGAAGGCCCAAGAGCUCACCAUGUGGCUACACACCAAAGAGGACACAAUCAGAGAGAUGUGGGUGAGGGACAGCCUGCUCCGCAAGCACCAAGAGCGGGCGCAGAAGAUGAAGGAGGAGAGGGACAGCCUGAGCAUGGAGCUGCGGAAGUGCAAGGACGAGAACUACAACCUGGCAAUGAGCUAUGCCAAACAGAGCGAGGAGAAGAGCACUGCUCUUAUGAAGAACCGGGACCUGAUCCUAGAAAUCGAUCACUUGAAGCACAGCCUCAUGAAGGCUGAGGAUGACUGCAAACUGGAGCGUAAGCACACGAUGAAACUGAAGCACGCCAUAGAGCAGCGUCCAAGCCAUGAGGUGAUGUGGGAGAUCCAGCAGGAGAAGGAGUUGCUCUUGGCCAAGAAUCAGGAGCUGGAGAACACUCUCCAGCAGGUUGCCAGGGAACAGAAUUUGGAGAAGAGCCUCUCCAGUGAGACUCUGGAGAAUGACUGUAGCCAGAUACUAGAAGAACGCCGGGAGCUGAUGAACACCAUUUACAGCCUUCGCAAGGAGCUGCAGCGAGCCGAGGUGCUCCAAGACAAAUAUGCAGAGGAAAAAGAGAUGCUUGAACUACAGUGCACAUCUCUGAGGAAGGACUCCCAGAUGUAUAAAAAACGGAUUGAAGCUGUCUUGCAGCAGAUGGAGGAAGUGGCUUUGGAAAGAGACCAGGCACUCCUGACCCGAGAACAGUUCUAUACACAGUACUCCAAGAACCUGGUUGAGAGGGAUGCUUACCGCAAGCAGAUUCGGGAGCUGGGAGAGCGAUGUGAUGAAAUGCAACUGCAGCUCUUCCAAAAGGAAAGUCAGUUACUGGCUACUGAAGUCAAGAUGAAAAGAUUGCAACUGGAGUUACCCACACUGACCUCUGACCUGGAUGAUACCUCUUCCAGAGAUUCUCAAGAACUUACUCUUCACGGUCAUCUAGAUGAAGAUACACAACCGACUAAAA